AUGUAUAUAUCUGCGGGCUCAUAACAACCCACCGCAGGCACCACCAGGUCGUCUUUUAUCCCAAUAGACAACGGACCAAAACGAAAGGGUGGACGCUUCCACAUCGGAUGGCGGCAUCUUUGCUGCAUGUCUCCCUCGUCAAUGCCAGAUUCCGAGGCAAUGGCCUCAAUCGAAAAGGACAAGGUUCCAACAUCUGCUCCUUUGGCAGAGCUCGAAACGGCAGGCAAUGAGUUGGAACUUUUACAAUUAUCUACCGCUACGGGUGAUGAUCUCAUUGACGCGAGUGUGCACAGUUACCAGGCAUACAUCGACCAACUCGAAGUCUCCCGCCUACAGCUUGAUCACCUUCUGGCAGACACUGCUGCCACUCUUGAUGAGCUGUCGGAAAUAUCCGCCGCAUUCAAGUCCAUCGAUGCCCAGACAAAAUCCUUCCAGAAACAGUCCCUGACCAUCAUCGACGAUCAAAGGAAAAACGAUGCUAUUGCUCAAGAAAUUGCCGAUAAUCUCCGCUAUUAUGAACCUCUGGAACGUAUCACCCGUCGACUCAAUGCUCCUGGAGCCGGGGCAUUUGCAAGGACAAAGGAUUUCUCCGACAUGCUUGUAACACUCGACGAAUGCAUAGACUAUAUGCAGACACAUUCAACCCAUACCGAGGCGGAGAUCUACAGAUCCCGUUAUCGAUUGUUGCUGACCAGGGCCCUGACGCUGGUGCGUAACACGUUUAUGGCCGGCGUCAGAGAGACGACCACGGAGGUUGCGGGAAGAAUUGCCGCCAGACAACUCAACGAUACAACAAUGUCGGCACUCUUGUAUGCAAAAUUCAGAGUUGGAUCUGCCGAUAUGAAAGACAUUGGCCUUGAAAUCCAAAAGCGAGCAAACCCACCUGCGGACGCACCAGUAGGGACCGAAGGAGAAUAUCAAAGUCUGAUGAACGAGCUUCAUGCCAGCUUCGCCGCUUGUCGUGCUCGACUAAUUCUUCCCAUCGUCCAAAAGAGGUUGUCAGAUAUUUCUCAAGCUCCUAGUUCCAAGGACUUGGUGCAACUUGCACGUUCGAGCAUCAGUUAUGUUCGAGGCAUCUGCCUAGAUGAGUUUGAUUUGUGGGGCGAAUGGUUCCACGGUUAUCGAGGCCUCUAUGACUUUUUAGAGUCCAUAUGCGAACCACUCUACGACCAUUUACGACCUCGGAUCAUUCACGAGAAUAAAUUGUCAAAAUUGUGCUCACUCGUCACCCUCCUUCAAACCCGAUAUCUCCAUGACGAGGAGGAAGAUGGCCCGACAGACCUCAAUCAGCUCGACUUUUCCGUUCUUAUCCAGCCUGCAUUGGAAGAUGCUCAAACUCGAUUGGUCUUUCGCACGUUGGCCAUCCUCAGAGACGAAAUUGAGACCUUCAAACCCAAGGUCGAGGAUCUAGAUUACCCGCGAAUGACUUCGAAACCGCCAACCGCUGCGACCCCUUUAUCUGGCCGGCGAACCUCGAAGGAUCCUUUGUCUACGCCAAAGACUCCCGAAAUCGUGGAUGAAGAUUCGGGCGAUGAAGGGGCAUUUUCGUGGACUCUGGCGUCCCGCCGCUCUGCUUUGCGAAAUUGUUACCCCACCCUCCCAAGAGCCAUCCAGCUCCUCUCGCGGAUCUAUCGCCUUGUCAACUCUAGUGUUUUCGACGAUCUUGCCCAUCAGAUCGUUCAUCAGACCACCAUUUCGCUCCACAAUGCGUCAUUGCAGAUCACUUCUCGAUCUUCUCCCGCCGACGGUCAACUAUUUUUACUUCGACAUUUACUACUACUCAAGUCCCACAUUGUCGCAUUCGACAUUGAAUAUGUGACACCCGAUGUGUCGUUUGACUUUUCUGGCUUCGCAAGCACAUUUUACGAACUUCGCGAACGUGGCGGCCUGUUCAACCCGAGGAGCUGGGUCAAGCUGUUUAGUUCUGGCGGACUGAUCCCAAGAGUUGUUGAGAAUAUGCUUGACGCAAAAGUUGAAUUGGAUGGGAGACUGAGAACUGUUAUCAAUGACUUUACAGCUGGCUUCGCCAAAGACAUGACAAACGAUCUGUCGAAGAAUGUCAAGUCGAAUGCUAGGAAUGAGGUCUUGGAGAAGGCAGUGUCAUCGACUCGGAAACACAUCGAAAAGGAAAUUCCCAUAUUGCGCGCCAAGUUGGAACAGUAUAUUGAUGAUCUUCGAACGAGAGAGACGUUAGUUGCCGCAGUGGAGGAUCAGGUGGUUCAGAUCUACGAGGGAUUCUUUGAUGGAUACUCACGGAGGGACGGGGCCAAGGUCAACGGGACCAACCAGAUCUCCCGAAAGGGGAAGAGCCCAGAGGAUGCUGUCUGGGAUAUCGAUACCUUUGCUGAGUGGGCAGAGACCAUGUUCAACGUUGCCCUCCCGAAAGUGGAAAAUGAUAUUGACAGUGACGGAGUUGCAAGUAGAAGCUUAUCGAGGAGCCACAGCCCUUGACAUGAACGCAAAAUGAAUGAAUGAGUCAAU